AUGCCAGAAGCAAACACCAAACACCACAUCCUCAACGCAAUCAUGUCGAGCGAGCCCUCGUCACCCGCCUUUGUGGAUCAAACAGCACCUCUCCGUCAAGAAAUCAAGAGCCUCAAAGACAAACUCGAUGAAGUAAACUCCAACUUCGCCUACUAUGAAGAGUCUAAUGAAAGGCUGGAAAAGCAAGUCGUAGACCAGACAACCGCACUCGAUCUCAAAGACUCGGUCAUCACAAGAUUGAAAGAGCAUAUUGCAACACACGAAAAGGAACAUGACGAAACACACCAAGAGAAUGUGAAACUACGCCGUGAGUCUCUGGAUCUGGAGAACUUGGUCAAGGCCAAUGAGAAGGAGCUCAAGGGUGUUGCUGAGUUGGAAAAGACCAUCGAGGACCGCGAGGCAGAAGUUAGACACUACACUGCCGAGUUGACCUCCACACGCACCGAACGCGACGACAAAGUCACAGAAGUCAGAGGAUUGGAAGGAGAUAUCGCAAGACUUUACCAUGAGCUGGAAGUCCGCGAUCAAGAAGUCGAAGCCCUGCACCAGAAACUUGAGAUUUAUGAACGCCAUAUCAACAUCAGCAAAGACCUUCUUGUUGAAGAUUUGGAUGAUGCACUCUAUGGGUUCAUGGAGAAGUGGUCUGCCAUGCAAGCCGAUGGACCUUCUCCAACCAGAAAACCCAAGCGAGCUUCCAUCGGUGGCAUGAAUCUUGCCGACGAGUUUGAUGCCCUCAGUGAUGAAAACUAUGAUUCUGAGGAAGGUGGAUAUGAGUCUGAUCGACGCAGUAUACGCAGCUUCGAAUCGAUAAAAACAAGGAAGAAGAAGGCUGUUCUGGGUUUGUCGGAGAUCAAAUCUGUGGCUAUUCAUCCUUCGAUCAAGAAGCCUGUUACCAUGACUUCUGCUGGUACUCAGAUGAGUCCUAAGCCUAUCCCACAAAAUGCCAGCAGUGGAACUCAGACUACACCUGUUGCAUCACCGAAGAAGUCCUUCUCGGAAGUCAUCAGCAGUGGAGUAUCGACAAGCCCCAUUGCUGCUCCGGAGNAAGCAAAGAAGUCGUUUUCCGAGGUCAUAAGCAAUGGAGUUUCGACCAGCCCGAUUGCUACUUUGAUCCAGAAGUUCACUCCUGCUAUGGUCAGUUCUGCUGCUCAGACGAGUCCUGAGUCGAGAAAGUCUUUCUCUGAAGUCUUGAGCAAAGGGGUCUCAACGGAUCCGGUCACUGCGGCCCAGUCUCCUCGCAAGUCUUUCUCCGAAAUCAUCAGCGAUGGAAUCUCGACGAGUCCAGUUGCCGCUCCUUCAACCAAGACCGCACCAUCUUUGGAGUCUUUCACCUUCUCAGACGUCGCCAGCAAUCGUGUUCAGUCGAGCCCAAUUGCUCCUUCCCCGAGCACUGCAGUCCACUCUCCAAAGACUACAACCGUUGGAGUGCAGACAAGUCCCGCAGUUCCUUCACCUCUCAAGGCCUUCUCAGAGGUUAUCAGCAGUGGAGUCAGCACAAGCCCUAUCACUCCUCCUCCACAAACAGUAGUUUCUUCGCCAACCAGUGUACCUCUCCCACCAAGUCCAGCCACCAACUCUCCUGUCUUUGUCGAGUCGCCAAAGUCUCCUCUGUUCAAGGGAGUCAGUGAAGAAGAGAUUGAGCUAAGCGAGACUCUGCCUAUUCAACCCGGCAAACCAGUAAGAAUCAACACCCUCAACAUCAAGCGUCCUCGUGUACCUACCAAAGACAUGUCACCGCAGACACUGAAGCACUACAAAGCCGUCACUGCUGCCUCAACUUCUGCCCUUGCCCAACCUCCAUNNCCCCCUUCUUCCUCACCUUCGCCGCCGAACUCCACUUCCUCUAUUCGUAUGGCCGCGNCCUACCGCCACACCAUCUUCCUGUCGUUUUUGGUCUCGUGGUUUGCUUCCUAUCUGGCUAGUAGUAUGGCAUUGAGUGCGGCUGAGUGGUCGUGGGCUAAUGCUAACGGGUGUACGCCGGAGAAUAAGGCGAUAUUUGUGUUGGGGAGGGUGCCGGGGCGGGUGGUUGCUGGCUUGUUGGGGCUUUUGGGGUGGGUUUGGUGUUCGUUGUUUGGGCAUUGGGGGUUGGGUGCUUUGAGGUUACCGCUUUCUCCUGGAUGA